GCAGCCCGAGAUCAAGGCCCAGGGGCCCCGCCACUUUUGUUCCCAGCGCCGUGCAGCAGCCGUCCCAGCAGCGCUCUCCCCGCCGCCGCCGCCGCCGCUGAGCGAGCCGAGCAGGUCCCCCGGCCGGCCACGACUUGGGCCACCCGCCCGCCAGCCCGCCAGCCCGCCUGCCCAGAGGGAGGCCCAGAGACAGACAGACAGAGAGCGAGUGAGCGAACGAGCUGACGAGCGAACGGACGAGCGAGCGAGCGAGCAAGCUUAGCGAGCGAGAGAAGCCGGAGCUGGGGAAGCAGGGAGCUCAGCCCAGCCCUGCAGCCCUGCCUGCUCCCCUCGCCCCUGCUCGCCCUCCGCUCCUCCAGCCCGGGAGCCAGCCAGCCAGCCCGCGGCGCACACAGCCGAGCGCGCACACACUCCCACUCACUCUCCCACUCACUCCCACUCCCACACACACGCACACGCUCUCUCACACACCCCCAACGGUGGCCGGGGCCAUGGCCGAGCUCGGGGGGGCCCUGGGCGCCUCUCUGGACUGGGACGUGCACGGCUUCUCGUCGUCCCUGGGGAGCAUGCCCUUAGCCGACUCCCCGGGCUUCCUGACCGAGCGGCUGGGCCAGAUCGAGGGCAAGCUGCAGCGCGGCUCGCCCACUGACUUCGCCCACCUCAAGGGGAUCCUGCGGCGCAGACAGCUGUACUGCCGGACCGGCUUCCACCUGGAGAUCUUCCCCAAUGGGACCGUGCACGGCACCAGGCACGACCACAGCCGCUUCGGAAUCUUGGAAUUUAUCAGCCUGGCUGUGGGACUGAUCAGCAUCCGGGGAGUGGACUCGGGCCUCUACCUAGGGAUGAAUGAGCGUGGUGAGCUAUAUGGCUCGAAGAAACUCACCAGAGAAUGUGUUUUUCGGGAGCAGUUUGAAGAAAAUUGGUACAACACCUACGCGUCCACCUUGUACAAGCACUCAGACUCGGAGAGACAGUAUUAUGUGGCCCUAAACAAAGAUGGCUCACCCCGAGAGGGCUUCAGGACUAAGAGGCACCAAAAGUUCACCCACUUUUUACCCAGGCCUGUUGACUCCUCGAAGCUGCCCUCCAUGUCCAGAGACCUCUUCCGCUAUAGAUGAUGUGCCUGGCCUCUGUUUCCCCUCCCCCCCCCACCAGUGGUGGGGCCACAGUUAUGUCCUUGAGCUCUAUACUCAUAGCCUUUCAAGCAGUCAGUCCUUUUUAACAACUUCGA